UUGAAAUCAGAAAGUUAACUUCGUCUCAAAAUAUUGGCUAAAAACUACUGUGAAAAAAUAAAAAAGCGAAUACAGUAAACUAUUUUGAGCUUUGCUCGGUCACUGAAAUGUCUCGUCAUGAAGGUGUGAGCUGCGAUUCAUGUCUGAAAGGGAACUUCCGUGGCCGCCGCUACAAAUGCCUGAUCUGUUACGACUACGACUUGUGUGCAACAUGCUACGAGGCAGGAGCCACGACCACAAGACACACCACAGAACAUCCCAUGCAGUGCAUCCUCACGAGAUCCGAUUUUGACUUGUACUACGGGGGGGAGGCAUUGACAGUGGAGCAGCCUCAGGCCUUCACAUGCCCCUAUUGCGGCAAGAUGGGUCACACGGAGACAACGCUUCAGGAGCACGUAGCAGCAGAACACUCGGAAGUCACCUUUGAAGUGGUGUGCCCCAUAUGUGCAUCCCUGCCUGGAGGAGACCCCAACCUGGUGACAGACGACUUCUCGGGUCACCUCAGCCUGGAGCACCGCAGUGGUCCGCGGGACCUGAUAUCCUUCCUCAUAUCCUCUUCAGUACAGCUAACAGAUGAACCAGCCGGUUCCCGCCAUGGUGUUCGAAGAAUACCUCACUCGUCGCGCGGUGUGGGUGGUCCCAGGGCUCGACGGUCGAACAUGCACUUCAGUUCCUCGGGUGGGUUAUCAUCACUGUCUCCAUCCAACCGAGAUGGGGUGGACCCCAUAGCAGAGCUGCUAUCACAGCUGUCGGGCGUGAGGCGCUCCGCGGCUGGCGGCCAGGGCACCCCACCCUCUCAACUGCAGCAGCUACAGAUGCAGAUGCAGUUGGAACGCCACCAGCAGCUGGGCGUAAGCUUUCAAGGUGGGCGUCAACAGGCAGAGCGAGUGCCCCGCAGACAGAUACAGACGGCAUCAUCGACCAACUCUGCCGCAAGCAGCGGAGCAGCAGGAACUGCCACCAGCUCUCACGCUGCCAACUCAAAUGAUGGCAACAACCCGGGAGGCCAGGGGGCUGCUGGCGGUCCACAGUUCUUGCUGUCGAGCUGCCUGGACGUGCCCUUGUCGGACGCGCAGCUGCAGGCCGCAGAACAGGAGCGAGCGGACCGCAGUGUGUUCGUGCAGGAGCUCGUGCUGGCGACACUGUCCGAAGGAGCCUCCACGCUCGCCCCAGACGGUGCGGUGGAAAGGGCUCCCGGCGGCGCAGCGAUAGUGCAGUCGCCACGUUCGUCCCCGUCCUCUCUCCCACUGCCACCCCCACUCGUUCCCCUUCAGCCCAUCCCCUCCAACCCACAACUUAACGCGACCAACUCGGGCACGAAGCGCUUGUCGCCUCGAGGAAACUCGACAGGAGCGCGGCACCAGCCACCCGUCCCGCACGUGCGCCCCAGCAUAGCACCACAGCAGCCCCAGAUGCAGCCCCUGAGGCUGGUGACCGGGACGGGCACCAUCAGGGAGGUGGUGGCAUACGCAGGGCGCGGGAGUGCUGUGCGGGGAGGGGUGGGAGCAGGCUCCCCGGGGCCCACUCGCAGGAAACCUGUCCGUGCUGUGGAGGGCAGGAAUCAGUCCACAGAGCCUCCGCCACCUCACUAACAUCGUGCUACUCAUCUCUAGUCCCAACAUUUAGAAACCAGUCCCUUCAUCCUUUUAUUUUUUUUUUCCUUUGCAAAUUACCCUUGUUCUGUUCCUAUCCACGUUUUGUCGAAAGUUGGUAAGACUGCUUGUCCACGUGGCUAUGGGAAGAAAAUCUGCCUCGUUAAGACUUGUAUAUCUUGCAUUUGUUUCAGCUAUGUUUGGGAAGCUAUAAUAAAUUUAAUGUACAGGAAAAGAUUCUUGUAUCAUUGUGUAUUUAAGAAUAUAACUUUCUAAUAUAUAUUCUGUGUAACUAGUGGAUUCAUAUGGUUGAUUAAUAACUUUUUUGACUGAAUGUUUGUAGCCCUAAACAAAGAAGUCAGAUGUCAGUCUGACCAACUUUUGUGGCCUGGUGUAAAAAAAAAUAGCUUGUUACUUGUGUGGUGUGCAGUUAAGUGUGUUUGAAAAACUUUGUCUGAAACAAAUAUAUAUAAUUAGACUGUGAAUACUUACUUUAAAUAUUUAGAAACAAUUAAAUUCAGUUGUGUUGAUGAUUUUUAUCUUCUCUUAUUUUUGUUGAUUUAUUGUUUGUAUAUGUGUGUGUAUGUGGGGGCAUGCACACACAUGAGUGUACCACAGUGAUAUGUAGUUUUCUGAGCGGUGCUUCAGGACAAAACAGUUUGCGCAAAGAGCAGUGGAAUUUUUUUUGGUGAUAUUUAGCCUUUUAUAUUUAAUGUUAUAGGAUAAAAGGCAACAGGAUGAUACAAUGAACACAACUUUGUAAGCUUCCUUAUUAAUUAAAAAUUUUUUGUUCUUAAGGUAUGUAGUCUGCAAGAUGCACCAUAAUGUCCAAAUUUUACAGUUAUGAGAAGAAAUUUAAAUUAAUUGGAACUGAGUUGUUUAUUUAAAGCAUGUGUUUAUUAUUCGUAAUAAAUAUUGUAACAAUAGUUAUUAAAGAUGCUACAAUGCCGUUUGCUCCCUGCUUUAAUUUUUGUUUGCAUUAUUACCUUAGUAUAUUAAUGUGAGGGGCAAUUUUUGAAGGUAUUGUAUAAUUUAUUAAAAUUAUUAACAGUGUCUCUGAAUUUUUUUUCUGUUCUUGAAAAUUUAAGUAAUAAAGAGUAAUAUCAGUGUACAUGCACAUA